AUGUCGAUCUCAGAGGAGAUAGCGGCGUCGCUGGGAGUGGCUCCCUCCUUGAUCACCCUCCUGCUCUGCCUCUUCUCGUCCAUUCCCGCGGCUCUGGUCGUGCGCUUCUUCCCGGGUCCCACGCUGAAGCAUCUCUACAGCAUUGCAGCCGGAGGGGUUCUCUGCUGGGUGGCGUAUGGCGGCCUUCACGGCAAGUGUGGUUUCCGUGCGAGCCUCAACUUCUGGGGCCUUACCCUCGCGUCGUACGCGCUCAUGCUCGUCCUUCCUCGCAAGUUGAGCGGCUACGGCGUGCUCUUCGGCUCCUUCACCUACCUCACCUACUGUCACAUGAGCAACCUGGGAGCGGACGUGUGGAGGCAGGGAGGCGUGGACUUCACAGGCACGCUCAUGGUGUUCACGCUCAAGAUCUCCGGAUGCGCCAUGGACUACCAGGACGGCGCACUGCCAGAGGACAAGGCGCAGCACCGCAUGUACAGCAACAGGCUGGCGCGGCUGCCGUCCGUGGUGGAGUUUGUGUCGCUCGUGUUCUUCCCUGGCGCCGUGCUGGUGGGGCCCGUGUUCAACUGCAAGCAGUACCAGGCUUAUGCUGCCGGCCAAGGGCUAUGGUCGCCCUCUGGAGCCGUGGUGCGAGGCAAGGCAGCCGACACCGGCAAGGGGGAGGAGGGGAAGCUGACACAGAACGGAAACGGCGAGGCGGACAGGGUGCAGGCCGAGAGCAAGGGCGAGGGGAAGCUGCGUAAGAUGCCGGAGCCGCUGCCGUAUGCGGCGCAGGCGCUGGGGAAGGCGAUCAUCUGCCUGGCGAUGCACCACUUCCUCUCUCAGCACUUCGGCCCCGCCCUGCUCUUCGAACCCCGCUUCCUCACCUACGGGUUCGCGUACAAGUGGUUCUGCCUGGUGGUGGCGGGUAUCUGCUUCCGCUGCUCCUACUACUUCAUCUGGAGUGUGGCAGAGGCCGCUGUGAUCCUCUCCGGAUUUGGCUUCUCCGGCUGGACCGACUCCUCGCGUCCAGACUGGAGCCGGGCAGAGAACGCCAAUUUCAUCAAGUGUGAGAUCACCACGAGUCUGGCGCAGAUGCCUGCCUACUGGAACAUGGGCGUCGGCAUGUGGCUGCGAACCUACGUGUACGACCGGGUGACACCUCGCUCGGGCAAGCCCACCAUGUGGACGCUCGUCUUCACUCAAGUCGUCUCCGCGCUCUGGCAUGGUCUUCACCCCGGCUACUACCUCUUCUUUGUCAAUGCCGCCAUCGGCCAACACACCUCCAAGCAGGUGUUCCGGCACACGGCAGCAGCAUUCCCGAAGCAGUCAGCAGCAGUGAAGGUCACCAUUGACGUGGUGCAGGCCGUGUUCAAGCAGCUCAUCAUAAACUAUUCCAACGCGGGCUUCCUGACCAUAGCGGUGUGGCGGUCGCUCUUCUUUAUGGGCACCAUCGUCCCCAUUCUUCUCAACGUGCUGCUCUCCGUCAUUCCCACUCGCUCCCGACGCCACAAGAAGGCCGAGUAA